AUGGCGAGUAAGAUGGACGAGUUGAAGGGAAUGAUUGGAGGAAUGCAAGGAAAGAAAGGAACUCGCAAAUGCACUUACAAAGAAUUUAUGGCGUGCAACCCAUUACCUUUCAAAGGAGAAAUUGAUCCGAUAGCAUGUCAAAGGUGGAUUGCAAGUACUGAGGCGGUGUUCGUAAGGAGUCAUUGUGAAAAGGAGGAUCAAGUGAUGUUUGCCACCGGUUUGUUACAACUCCAAGCUAAAGACUGGUGGGAUGCUUAUAGUAAGGAGAUUGGGGAAGACAAAGUUCAAGUCUUGACAUGGCAAGAGUUCAAGAAACCUUUUCUAAAGUACCACUGUCUGCAAUCUGCCAUUGACAGGAUACAAGAAGAUUUCUUACAUCUCCGUCAGAAAGACGAAACCAUUGAUGAAAUCACCAACACUUUUCUUGACAAGCUGAAAUUCUGUAAAGAAAUAACGGGAAUGGAAAGAAUGAAGAUAAACCGCUAUCAUGGUAUGUUGAAGGCUGAAUAUCGGGAGUUCAUAAUUCCCGCUAAAUGUGAAACCUUGAAUGAGCUCAUUAACUUAGCCCGAGAUAGGGAGAUUGAACUAAGAAGACAAGCAGAAAGAGGUGAGAAGAGUGUGUCUGAGAAUGUUCCCAGCUCAAGCCCGUCAAAGAAACAGAAAUUUCAGGAUCAGAGCAAGAAGGAUAAGGCGAAGGGUAGCAUUCUGAAAUGCAAAACGUGUGGGAAGUUACACACGGGGGAGUGCUUGAAAGGGAAGAAGGGUUGUUCCAAUUGUGGUCAAGAGGGACAUCCAUACUAUAGAUGUCCUAAUCCUACCAGAACUGGAGCCAGUAGAUCGUUUGUAUCAAGUGAAUUAGUGUCACACCCCUCUUUUAGAAUCGAAAGAAUGCAUGUGCCAUUAGAAGUAGAGAUAGCGGAUAGUAAGAGUUAUUUACUGCACGAAGUUUGUAGAAAUUGUGAAAUUAUCAUUGAAGACGAGAAGUUUGCCAUUGACCUUAUUCCCAUGGUAUUGGGAGAAUUUAAGGUUGUAGUUGGCAUGGAUUGGCUAGCUAAACAUCAUGCCGAAAUUCAAUGCGAGAAAAAGGUGAUUCAUGUGUUAACACCGGGAGAAAAAUGA